UUUUGGUCGGCGGUUGGCGUGCAUGCUUUAUUUGAACGAAGUUGGAGAGAUGAGGAGUCCGGAGGAUGGUGAUGAGCAUGAUACAACAACGCCUUAUGAUGGAGUUGAGUUCAGGUCAAAAUGAUGGGAACUACUGUUGAUUUUCUUUGACUCCCAGAUGAUUUUGGGCCAGUUCUGGUGCAGCAGAUCCGCCCAUUAUGGCUGGUUAUUCUAUGUCUUUUUUCUUUUCUUCUUGUUUCCUCUUUGCACCAUAUCACACACACACACACACACACACACACACACACACACACACAACCUUUCGUUUCAACACAAAUCACACAUAUUUUUUUUUUCCUAUACUCUCACUAUCAUAUUAAUGACGAGAUACGGCGGAUUGCAAAAUAGGGUGGUCAUCAAAAUCAAGGCAUGGUUUAGGGUGGGAUGAAUAUUUAUUUAUUUGUUGAUCUAUUUCAGGCACGACUUGAUAAAAAAGCAUGUUUAGGCAAUAGUAUUUAUAUUCAUAAGAUCAUGGGCUUCCUUUACAUCAACU